UGACGAGGGCCUCUUUGGCGAGAACUGCGCCUCAUCAUGUCAUUGUUACAACGGAUCAAAAUGUGAUCAUGUGACCGGGCGCUGUCCGGAUGGUCAGUGCGCCCCUGGGUGGUCAAGCACUAACUGUAGUUUGACAUGCAGUCAGGAUAUGUUUGGUUUAAACUGCUCCUCCCCCUGCCAUUGCCUACCUGGAGCAAGCUGCAACCAGGUCUCUGGCAACUGUUCCGAUGGUCUAUGUGCUCCGGGGUGGACUGAAAGUAACUGUAGCGUUGCAUGCCCUCAAGGGUUGUUUGGUGUAAACUGCUCCUCCCCCUGCCAUUGCCUACCCGGAGCAAGCUGCGACCAUGUCACUGGCAACUGUUCCGAUGAUGUAUGUGCUCCUGGGUGGACUAAAAGUAACUGUAGCGUUGCAUGCCUUCAAGAUAAGUUUGGUAAAAACUGUUCCUCCCCAUGCCAUUGUCUACCCGGAGUAAGCUGCGACCACGUCUCUGGUAACUGUUCCGAUGAUCUAUGUGCGCCUGGGUGGACUGGAAGUAACUGCAGCAUUGCAUGCGAUCAAGGAUUCUUUGGGGUAAAUUGCUCCUCCCCAUGCCAUUGCCUCCCCGGGGCAAGCUGCGACCGUGUCUCUGGCAAUUGUUCCGAUGAUGUAUGUGCUCCGGGGUGGACUGAAAGUAACUGUAGCGUUGCAUGCCCUCAAGGGUUGUUUGGUGUAAACUGCUCCUCCCCCUGCCAUUGCCUACCCGGAGCAAGCUGCGACCAUGUCACUGGCAACUGUUCCGAUGAUGUAUGUGCUCCUGGGUGGACUAAAAGUAACUGUAGCGUUGCAUGCCUUCAAGAUAAGUUUGGUAAAAACUGUUCCUCCCCAUGCCAUUGUCUACCCGGAGUAAGCUGCGACCACGUCUCUGGUAACUGUUCCGAUGAUCUAUGUGCGCCUGGGUGGACUGGAAGUAACUGCAGCAUUGCAUGCGAUCAAGGAUUCUUUGGGGUAAAUUGCUCCUCCCCAUGCCAUUGCCUCCCCGGGGCAAGCUGCGACCAUGUCUCUGGCAAUUGUUCCGAUGAUGUAUGUGCGCCUGGGUGGACUGAAAGUAACUGUAGCGUUGAGUGUGAUCAAGGCCUGUUUGGAGUGAAUUGCUCCUCAUCGUGUCAUUGUUACAACGGAUCAAAAUGUAACCAUGUUACCGGAAACUGUCUUGAUGGUCAGUGCUCCCCUGGAUGGUCCAGCGCUAACUGUAGUUUGGAAUGUGAUGAGGGCCUCUUUGGCGAGAACUGCGCCUCAUCAUGUCAUUGUUACAACGGAUCAAAAUGUGAUCAUGUGACCGGGCGCUGUACGGAUGGUCAGUGCGCCCCUGGGUGGUCAAGCACUAACUGUAGUUUGACAUGCAGUCAGGAUAUGUUUGGUUUAAACUGCUCCUCCCCCUGCCAUUGCCUACCUGGAGCAAGCUGCAACCAGGUCUCUGGCAACUGUUCCGAUGAUCUAUGUGCUCCGGGGUGGACUGAAAGUAACUGUAGCGUUGCAUGCCCUCAAGGGUUGUUUGGUGUAAACUGCUCCUCCCCCUGCCAUUGCCUACCCGGAGCAAGCUGCGACCAUGUCUCUGGCAACUGUUCCGAUGAUGUAUGUGCUCCUGGGUGGACUGAAAGUAACUGUAGCGUUGCAUGCCUUCAAGAUAAGUUUGGUAAAAACUGUUCCUCCCCAUGCCAUUGUCUACCCGGAGUCAGCUGCGACCACGUCUCUGGUAACUGUUCCGAUGAUCUAUGUGCGCCUGGGUGGACUGGAAGUAACUGCAGCGUUGCAUGCGAUCAAGGAUUCUUUGGGGUAAAUUGCUCCUCCCCAUGCCAUUGCCUCCCCGGGGCAAGCUGCGACCAUGUCUCUGGCAAUUGUUCCGAUGAUGUAUGUGCGCCUGGGUGGACUGAAAGUAACUGUAGCGUUGAGUGUGAUCAAAACCUGUUUGGAGUGAAUUGCUCCACAUCGUGUCAUUGUUACAACGGAUCAAAAUGUAACCAUGUUACCGGAAACUGUCUUGAUGGUCAGUGCUCCCCUGGAUGGUCCAGCGCUAACUGUAGUUUGGAAUGUGAUGAGGGCCUCUUUGGCGAGAACUGCGCCUCAUCAUGUCAUUGUUACAACGGAUCAAAAUGUGAUCAUGUGACCGGGCGCUGUCCGGAUGGUCAGUGCGCCCCAGGGUGGUCAAGCACUAACUGUAGUUUGACAUGCCCUCAAGGGUUGUUUGGUGUAAACUGCUCCUCCCCCUGCCAUUGCCUACCCGGAGCAAGCUGCGACCAUGUCACUGGCAACUGUUCUGAUAAUGUAUGUGCUCCUGGGUGGACUGAAAGUAACUGUAGCGUUGCAUGCCUUCAAGAUAAGUUUGGUAAAAACUGUUCCUCCCCAUGCCAUUGUCUACCCGGAGUAAGCUGCGACCACGUCUCUGGUAACUGUUCCGAUGAUCUAUGUGCGCCUGGGUGGACUGGAAGUAACUGCAGCAUUGCAUGCGAUCAAGGAUUAUUUGGGGUAAAUUGCUCGUCCCCAUGCCAUUGCCUCCCCGGGGCAAGGUGCGACCAUGUCUCUGGCAUUUGUUCCGAUGAUGUAUGUGCGCCUGGGUGGACUGAAAGUAACUGUAGCGUUGAGUGUGAUCAAGGCCUGUUUGGAGUGAAUUGCUCCUCAUCUUGUCAUUGUUACAACGGAUCAAAAUGUAACCAUGUUACCGGAAACUGUCUUGAUGGUCAGUGCUCCCCUGGAUGGUCCAGCGCUAACUGUAGUUUGGCUCUCGAACAGAAAGGAGAAAGUAACGCAGCCAAGGUAGCUGCAGGUAUUGGUGGUUGCUUCGCAGCUAUUAUUGUCACAACUGCUGCAGCAAUCGUGUGUUACAGGCAGCGAAUACUUCAACACAACUCGUCUUCUGGAUUAUCGAAACCCACCCAGAUAGAGUCAAGUUUCAACAACAGUUUUGACAACAUCGAUCAGGCUAAGAAUAGCAAACAUAUCUCCGUCGAAGAUAAAACUAAAGUCGCCUAUAAAGAUGGCAGCAGCUACAGCUUCAAUGCACUUGUCUCGGGAAUAAAAAUUCAUGAACUAUGGGACUACAUUAAGGAGAAACGUCAAAGUGAUUCAACAUUCUUUGAAAAAGAGUUUAAAAAACUGAAAAGCGGUCUUAUUCAUAAGCACGACGUAGCAUCGUCCGAAGAAAACAAAGGAAAGACCCGCUACAAGCAGAUGUAUGCAUACGACCAUAGCCGUGUGCCUCUGACAAGAGAGUUUGAAGGGGAUUCAGAAUAUAUCAACGCGAGCUUUAUAGAUGGCUUUGAGAAAAUAAAGAAAUUCAUCGCAUCCCAGGGCCCAACGGAGAAAAUGAUAGUGGACUUCUGGCGUAUGAUAUGGCAGCAGAGUGUGGAAAAGAUUGUGAUGCUGACAAACUUGGUUGAAUCGGGAACGGUGAAAUGUCUUCAAUAUUGGCCUGAUGAAUUAAACGGUGUUUGCAAAUACGGACGUAUUGCCGUCAAAUACGUUGAUGUCGGGGAGAUCAAUGAUUACAAUAUCCGGACAUUCAUAAUUACAAAAGGAAAAGAGGCGAGGACAGUGCUUCAGUUUCACUUUAAAACAUGGCCUGACAAAGAUGUUCCUGACACUACCUGGUGCCUAGUAGACUUCUGGAGAGCGGUCGAUACUAGUGAUAUGACUAAUAAAGCACCGAUAGUGGUUCAUUGCAGCGCUGGUAUUGGGCGAACAGGGACAUUUAUUGCUCUCGACAACCUUAUUUCACAAGCAAGGAUUGAACACUGUGUAAGACCAUUACAAAUUGUGGAAGCUUUGCGUGAACAAAGGGUCAACAUGGUCCAAACAAAGGAACAGUACGAAUACCUUCACGAGGCUCUGGCGGAAACUCUCCUGAUGGGGACACAUCAUGUGCUUACCAGACAGUUCAGAAGUGUCUACAACUACUUGAUUGAUAAAGACAGUAACUUGACAACUACCCGACUGGAACAUCAGUUCGAAUUAGUAAAGCAAAGUGUGGAAAAUCAUCAUGGCAAGCUGCAACCAGUAGCUAGUCAAGAAGCAGAAUAUGGCAAAUUUGAACUGCAACCUGUAGCCAGUAAAGGGGCAGAAUAUGGCAAUAUUGAGCUGCAACCUGUAGACAGUCAAGGGGCAGAAUAUGGAAAUAUUGAGACAAUCAUGGCAGAACUAAAGACAAAUCGAGCUAAUCAAGAAAGAUCACGUAACCAACCAGUUGAAAUCAACGCUCUCGCAUUCAAUAUGCAGAAGGGAAUGCUUGUUAUUUCCAAGCCAACAAAACAACAUCUGGCUUCGUUCUGGUCUCGCCUCGAGCAGCUAGGCUCUAUAACGGUGAUUGAUCUUGCGUCGGAUGCACUUGACAAGAUGUUAGAUGUAAUGUUAGAGGGAGAAGACGGGACACGUCUUGCAAAAGGAGCUUCUGUUAUCAAAGAGUCGCAACACAACGGAUUUGUUGAAACAACCUAUUCCCUGAAGGAAAGCACGCAGGAGAGCCUCAAGAAAACAAUCAAACACUUCGCUUUCAUUUCGUGGAGAGGAACGUUACUUGCUUACAGACAAUCACUGCUUGAAAUGAUAGAUGCGUUACACACAUGGCAGUCCGAAUUAACAGACGACAAACCGAUAGUGAUACUAGACAGUGCCGGUUUCGACAAAUGCGGUGUAGUCGCAGUUGUUUUGAAUGAAAUUUAUCGCAUAUUAGAACGCAAUGGACAAAUAAACAUCGUAGAAUCGGUCAAGACGAUGGUGCAUGGAAAUAGCCUUCUCAUCCGCAGCAAGAUGCAGUACCGGUUUUGCUACGACGUGAUAUUGGACUAUGUCCAGCAGAAAACGGUUUACCAGAAUUAUAAAUGAUCUACAUGGUUUCUGAUAUUGGUUUGUUUUACAGAGGCAAUUGUUUACUUGACACAAAUUAAAUGAUAUAUGAUGUUAAUGAAUAACGGAUUAUGUAAUGAUUUAUUCACAUGGCUAAAUGUGCUUUUAUUCAGAUUUCGAAUCCGUUUGAUUAUCUUGUCCUGAUAUGGUACUUAUUUAAUAUAAUUACUAAUUGAUUGAAUGUUAUUCAAUAUGAAUUAUUAAGUGUUGUAAUUGUGAAUAAAUACUAUCUUGAUGCACGGAAAUGUUUUCUAUCAAUUUAUUGUUUCAGUGUAGCUGGAAGUGAUUGAAGAAUAAAAAAUUGUUAUUUAAAACACCAUUUUAAACCUCCAAGGAUUUGCUUUAACCGUUGAAAAGCGGUGAUAGAAAAGCUAUGCUAUUAUUUGAUUGUUUUAAAUCUAAACGAUAUUUCUGAAUGUACGGGCCUUGUACUAGUUGUGUAUUGUUCCAUUUAAGCAAGUAACAUAUUAUGGGCUGCCGAAAAAGUACGGAUCCGGUGUUUCCAUGGUAUUUCUUGAUGAAACAAACAAACGGUACGUUCCUAUAGUUCGUGAUAUACUAUACUUGCGACAUAGACAAUGGCACAGCUAAAUGAAAUGUUACUGCUCCAUUUAUUUGUAUGUUAUUUUGUAUAUUUAUAUUCAAGAUAAUGAUUCUUUUUCAACGGUCUUAUAUUCAAUGUAUAUGUUUUGAUUAUAUUUAAUUAUUUAAAAAACGUUAAUAUAGUUAACAAAAACAUUUUGAGUAUCAUAUUUUUUUACUAAACACAUGUAUGAAUGUAUGAAUGGAAUAAUUAUCUUAAUGCUUAAUGUUCUCUAUGUAUCUCUAGAGACUUUGCUUUAAGUGUUAUGGUGAUUGUCAUGAAUGUAUAAAAAAGAUUAGGUGUUGUUGAA